AUGGUUCGUGGUUUGAUAGUUAGACUCCGAGUUUCGAGUGUGGCUUCGGAUUUGUCUCCUCCGGAGGGUUGUCCGUUUUUUGAUCUGUCCUCUCUUUUGAGGUUACAGUUAGAUGGGUGUAUACGGUCCCGGUGGACUGCAAAGGAGGCGGUAAUCUCUGGCGCAAGAUACCGAACGACGGCAUCGUCAGAUCACGGCUUCUCCUCGUACCGUCGGUGGUCUCUAUUUUCUGGCCUACUUUGGGCUCGGGUUAGGAUUCUUCUCUCGGGUAAGCUCUGGUUCUCUUUGGAAGCUGUAGGAGCCGUUGCAAUCAGGGUUUGA